CCUUGCCCAACAGAACGCAUUGGCCAUGCAGCACUCUGAAGCAGCCAGAGCCUCAGCAGAAGCAACCCAGAGGCAGAUUGCAGAUUUAUUGACGAACGGAAUGCAGUCUGGCAGACCGUUCGGUUCCUCAUCAAGCAACCAGACUGAAUGGAGUCUGGAGAGUUUUCUCCAGCACCGNCCGGCAAAGUUCGAUGGAAAAUGCAGUGCUGACGAGGCCGAUCACUGGCUUCGUGACAUGGAGAGGAUUUAUGACGCCAAGAGGUGUGGGGAUGAAAACCGUUUGGCGUUCACAGAGUAUCUGUUGACUGGAGAGGCCGGUCAUUGGUGGAGUAGUACCAAGAUGCUACUGGAGGAUGAACAUCUCCCUAUCACUUGGGAGAUAUUCAAGAGUAAGUUUUAUGAAGAGUACUUCCCGAACAGCGUCCGGUUCGCCAAGGAAGUGGAAUUCCUCCAACUGGUUCAAGGAGGAAUGACGGUCUCUGAGUAUGCUAACAGAUUUAAGCAACUCAUGAGGUUCUAUACAAUGAGGAUGAGUGAAGAAUGGCAGUGCAGGAAAUUUGAGAAUGGACUGAGAGAAGACUUGAAGCCAGUCAUUGCCAGUCAUUGCAUCCAGAAGUUCCCUGCCCUGGUGGAGAGGGCAAAGGUGUUAGAGAAGAAUUUGAUGGACGCCGAAAGGCAUAAGAAGCAACAACAGUCAAGCUCCAAGGGACCCAUCUUUGCAAGAAACAACCCUAGUUCCAGAGCAACCCCUUACUCUCGGCCCAUGCCAUUUCAAGGUCCUUCUACUUUGGCCGUUCGGCCUGUUAGCUUUGCCAGACCGUCCGGUCAAUCAGGGAGUGUAAGUUGCUUCAGUUGUGGAGGCCCUCACUACAUGAAGGAUUGUCCCAGGCCAGGAAAUGUCAAGUUUUGUGUCCGGUGUAGAAGGAAUGGGCACUUAGAAAGGGACUGCAACAUGGGUGGCCGAACGUUCUCAAGGCCACCGAACGCUGGGAGAUUUCAACAGAGUGGUGGCCGAGCACAAGCAACUGGCCGAGUCUAUGCGAUNACAGGAGCUGAAGCGUCCGGUGCAGGUAACCUCAUCAUCAGUACUUGCUUGUUGCAUGGAAUUCCUUGCCGUGUGUUAUUUGAUUCGGGGGCAACGCACUCCUUCAUCUCGAAGGCAUGUGUUGAUAAAAUGGGUUUAGCCGAGAGAGAGAUGCAGCUNGACUUGGUGGUGUCAACCCCAGCAGCUGGUGAGGUUAGGACAUCNACUGUAUGUGUAAAAUGUCCUAUUGAGGUAGAAGGGUACAAGUUUAAGGUGAACCUCAUAUGUUUGCCUCUUCAAGACUUAGAGGUAAUUCUAGGAAUGGAUUGGUUAACCUCCAAUCACAUCCUUAUUGACUGUGGGAAGAAGAAGUUGAUUUUUCCAAGAGAAGAAGAGAAGCUGACUUUGACGCUCGGUCAGAUGAGAGAGGAAUUGAUUGAAGGUGCAAUGAGUUUCCUCAUCCUGACUUAUAUGGAUGCAAGGGAAACAAACCGUCCUGUUGGCAGCCGUCCGGUUAUUGAGGAAUUUAUGGACGUUUUUCCAGAAGAAGUGCCAGGCCUACCUCCACAAAGAGAGGUUGAGUUCUCCAUUGACUUGAUCUCAGGAGCUGGCCCGGUAUCCAUUGCACCGUACAGAAUGGCUCCAGCAGAGUUGGCCGAACUGAAGAAGCAAAUAGAGGAGUUGCUGGAGAAGAGAUUCAUCCGGCCAAGUGCCUCACCUUGGGGAGCCCCUGUGUUGUUGGUCAAGAAGAAGGAUGGCAGCUCUCGGCUAUGUAUUGACUACAGGCAGUUGAACAAACUGACUAUCAAGAACAAGUAUCCACUGCCAAGAAUAGACGACCUAUUGGAUCAGCUUCAUGGAGCAACAGUCUUCUCCAAGAUAGACUUGAGGUCUGGAUAUCACCAAAUUUUGGUUAAGGAAGGUGACAUCCAAAAGACUGCCUUUAGGUCAAGGUACGGUCAUUAUGAGUAUGUGGUAAUGCCGUUCGGUGUUACCAACGCUCCUGCUNUCUUUAUGGAUUAUAUGAACCGUAUCUUCAGACCUUUCUUGGACAAGUUCGUGGUGGUGUUUAUUGAUGAUAUCCUCAUAUACUCCAAGAGCCGAGAAGAGCAUGAAGAUCAUUUGAGGAUAAUCCUUGGCGUACUUAGGGAGAAGCAGCUGUACGCUAAGUUGUCCAAGUGUGAAUUCUGGAUGGGACAAGUACAGUUUCUUGGGCAUGUUAUUUCAGCCAGCGGGAUUGCUGUGGAUCCAGGAAAAGUCCAGGCAGUGUUGGAAUGGGAGACACCCCGUUCGGUUGUUGAUGUGAGAAGUUUCGUUGGAUUGGCAGGCUACUAUAGAAGGUUUAUCGAAGGAUUCUCUAAGAUAGUAGCGCCGUUGACUCAGUUGACCAGAAAGGAUCAACCGUUCGUCUGGACCGACCGGUGUGAGUCUAGCUUCCAGGAUAGCAGCAUAGCAGAAAACCCCUGGAAGUGGAAGUCAGGUGUCACGCUGGAGUUGGCCAAACCGUUCGCACUGGAGGCAGUAUAUAAGUACCCUGAUAGUUUGGAAGUGUUGUCCUUGUUCCUGAUAUUCCGUGAGGACGCUUUCUCAGGUAGAGAGAGGUCACUCAUGCGUGGGAAUGGCAGGAGGUCCGCGGUUAUACGAGUAGAUAACCGUUUGAGGGCUAACCUCGGGUGGCAGCUGAUCAGAGAGACAGUUACUACACCACACCGGAGCUUAGGUUCUGAUCCAGCCUCUUCCACGGUCACAGCCUCCACAGCCGCCGCCGCCGGAGCUUGGUCGGACCAUCGCCGGAACCUCGCCAGAGCCGUCGUCGGAGCCGUCGCCGGAGUUCCAGAAUCGACCGACGACCACUCCAUCCGAAUCGCCUCCUCGUCCUCUUUCUGGACCUGUGGUCGUUGCGUCAAUCAGAGCACGUUGAAUUUUUAUGGUUUCCCCUUCUCCAUGGCCUCUUCCUCGUCUACAACCACCUCUGCUAGUGCCUCAUCUUCUUCUGCUGGUGCCUCAUCAAUAUACACCAAUUAUGUGAAUGUACACUUGUCCAUUGACAAGUUAGAUGGCACAAAUUAUGCAACAUGGGCAUCCGACAUCAAACUUUGGUUGAAGAGUCAAGGGUAUGUAGAUCACCUUACUAAUAAUGUGACUAGUGCUACCAUAGAGGACACUUCCCGCUGGAUGAAAAUUGAUGCCCAACUAUGCAUUGUCAUAAAGUCCACCAUUCACUCUUCUCUGAAACAAAUGUUUCGAUCAUAUUAA